GAUCAGCAAGGACGUACGAGCUGAGUAGGAUCGGAAAGUCCAAAAAAAAAAAAAAAUGGAGUUGAACUUUUUGUGGCAGAUUGUUGCAGUCUUACUGGGUGGCUACGCUUUUGUAUUUUGGUUUCUGAAGAAGGUGAAUGAGUGGUAUUAUGUUGGCAGCUUGGGAAAAACUGAGUUCCCUCUUCCUCCUGGUGACAUGGGAUGGCCUUUUCUUGGAAAUAUGCUGUCUCUAUUCAAAUGUCUAAGAGCUGGAGACCCCAAUCAUUACAUUGACCACCUCAUCUCCAGAUAUGGGAAGACAGGAAUCUACAAGACCCACAUCUUUGGGCGCCCAAGCAUCAUAUUAUGUCGGCCGGAGUUAAACCGGCGUGUACUAACAAAUGAAGAGACUUUCGGGCUAGGCUAUCCGAAAUCAGUCUUUCUUUUAACAGGAGAAAAAUCUCUACACAAUGUAAUGGUGGCAGAACACAGACGUCUGCGCAAACUGAUAACGUCUCCAUUGAAUGGGCAGGAAGCAAUUGCAAUGUAUAUUAAACACAUAGAGAAGAACGUGAUUCAGUUUUUGGAUGAGUGGGCGAGCAUGAAAAAGCCAAUCGAGCUCGUCGAUGAGUUGAAGAAAGCUACAUUCAAGAUCACAACCUUCGUUUUCCUUGGCUAUAUCAAGGAAUCAACUUUUCGGGCAACCGACACUCUAUUUACUGAUUAUCGUCGCGGACUUAUGGUUCCGGCCAUAAAUAUCCCCGGUUUCACAUUCCAUAAAGCACUCAAGGCACGCAAUAAGUUGCUAGAGAUCAUUCGAUCUGUCUUGGAAGAAAAGAAGGCGAUGGCUAAAAGUAAUGACACCGUGGGAAAGAAAUAUAUGAUUGAUUUGCUCAUCGAUGUUGAAGAUGAGGACGGAAAACAUCUGGAUGAUGAGCACAUUGCAGAUCUGAUACUCACGUCCUUGUCAGCUGGUUUUGAUGGCCUCUCAAUGGGUUCCUUAUGGGGACUUAUGCACCUUGCAGGAAAUCCUCAAGUCUUCAAAAAAGCCAAGGAGGAGCAAGACGAGAUCGUAAGUAGAAGACCAUCAACCCAGAAAGGAUUGAUCCUUGCGGAGAUUAAACAAAUGCACUAUCUUGCUAAGGUGGUUGAUGAAAUGUUGCGCAUGACAAAUACCUUAGCACUAUUCCGAAAGGCGAAAAUCGAUGUUAGCAUCAAUGGAUACACCAUACCAAAAGGAUGGAAUGUUUUGGCCUGGAAUGGAGCUGUUCAUAUGGAUCCGACAAUAUAUGAAAACCCAAAAAACUUUGAUCCCUCAAGAUGGGAAAAUAUGAGUGUCAAACAACCAGGGGCUUUCAUGCCCUUCGGAGCAGGAAGCAGAUUGUGUCCUGGAAAUGAACUGGCCAAGCUUGUCAUGACCAUUUUCCUUCAUUAUUUUCUGCUAAAUUACAAGAUGGAGCGAAUUAAUCCAGAAUCCCCACUAUACUACGAGCAAGCUCCAUUGCCUUUGGACAACGGCCUCGUCCGAUUCACAAAGACAACAUAAAAUUAAUACAUCUGCAGCUUGCUAGCAAGCUUCAUGAACGGAUGAUCAUAUGCAGCUUGCUAGCUUCACUUAUAUAUAAGUUUCUUGCACUACUGUUGUUAUAUAUAUGUAUUAAUAAUUAUGCAUGAAUAAAUUGUUAAGUUGUUUAUAUUAUCAACCUCCGAUCGAACAGUGCUCCAGUACUGAUUGAAUGGUCUGUCGUGAGGAUUAAGAAUAAAACAGCUCCUAAUUACUAUUAAUUUCAGCUGUAACAGCUCCUUUAA